AUGCUCACUGGCAUCGCCUCUUCACAAUGGUCGUUGUUUGCCAAAGCGCACAGCGGGCGAUACACCAUCUCAAACACACCACACACUACACAUCAUGGGCUUGUGCCAACCCCAAUCAUGACAUCGUUUCUGCCCUCAUUUCAUUUUGGUGGCAAACGGAAACGGAGGCAUCGUACUAUUUUCAGUGAAGAACAGUUACAGGUCCUAGAAGCGACUUUUACCGAAACACACUAUCCCGAUGUCUCACUUCGCGAAAAAUUAGCCAUUCAAUGUGAUCUGAAAGAGGAACGGGUAGAGGUUGGUCUAUCAACCUAUUAUACUUCUCAAUUUGAUUUCUAUAGCCUCUUCUAUCACCUCUUUCUCCCACUUCCACAUAGUCCACUGUUUUGUGCUAUUCACAAGGGAAAAAAUCUGCAAAUUCUUACAAAACUUGCUGCCGAUCUUGUCUCGCUUUUUGCUUUCUUUUCCUUCUUGGCAUUUGAAGAGGGUAUUACAUUCUUUGCUCAUUCUUUAGCAUUAUCAGUUACUGUAGCCGAAAGCGAAUGGGAAAUUGUGCAAAUGGUGAUCUGUGCGGUUGCAAAGAGACGCAGCAGAUCGUAGAU